GUUCGCGGGAUGGGCGGAGCUCCUGUGAUUUGUAGUUAAUCCGGCAGGGAUUGGUGUGACGGGAACGGAGGAGUGGAGAAAGAGCGGAAAGGAAUGAGGGAGUUUACUGUUUUAACUCCAAAACCAGUGACUCUAGACAAGGUUAAUGUACAGACAGGAGUAACAAACGGAUCAUUUAGAAAGUGUUUAACAUGAGUUACAAACUUUAGAGGACAGUUUUUGAGGGAGACGCAGAGGUUGACGGGUCUGUCCGCUCAGAGCUAAACAUGGAUGUCAGGGGAGCAACGGUGCAGCUCUGAGGAGGAAUUAAGGCCGUUUCUGGGUUAUUUCUGGUCGUGCGUUCGUUGAGGAGGAUUUUAAAGCAGCAAUAUAAUUAGCAGUGUCUCUUUCUCAGUUUCAGGUUUAAAAUAUCAACUAAUCUGUGAAUUACAGCGACUAUUUGCAAAGAUGCUGAGGCUGUGGAGACGAGACGUGCCGCUCUCAGAGAGGCUGGGGGAGGACUCUCCAAUGGCUCCAGCACCCGGACCCCCGCCAUCGGCAGCCCCGACGGGCCCCAAUAUUUCAUGGCUCCCUGAAGCACCGCUGCUGAGUCAAGACCAGCCUAUCUUCCUCAUGACUCCGGCCGCGCAGGCUGUGUCUGGCUUCUUCGUCUGGACCGCGCUCAUCCUCACCUGCCACCAGAUCUACAUGCAUCUACGCUUCUACAGCUCACCAAGGGAGCAGCGGCACAUUGUUAGGAUCCUCUUCAUCGUUCCUAUCUAUGCCUUCGACUCUUGGCUCAGCCUCCUGUUUUUCACCAACGACCAGUACUACGUGUACUUUGACACCGUCAGGGACUGCUACGAGGCGUUUGUGAUUUACAACUUCCUCAGUCUGUGCUAUGAAUACCUGGGAGGAGAGAGCGCCAUCAUGGCUGAGAUCAGAGGGAAACCCAUCGAGUCGAGCUGUAUGUACGGUACCUGCUGUCUGAGGGGAAAGGCCUACUCCAUCGGCUUCCUGCGCUUCUGUAAGCAGGCCACUCUGCAGUUCUGCGUGAUCAAACCCCUCAUGGCCAUCAUCACUGUCAUCCUGCAGGCAUACGGCAAAUACAAGGACGGAGACUUCAAUGUUGCCAGCGGUUACCUCUACGUCACCAUCAUCUACAACAUCUCAGUGAGCCUGUCUCUGUACGCCCUCUUCCUCUUUUACUUCUCCACCAGGGAGCUGCUCAGCCCUUACAGCCCCAUGCUUAAGUUCUUGAUGGUCAAGUCGGUCAUCUUCCUCUCCUUCUGGCAGGGAAUGUUGCUGGCCAUCCUGGAGAAGUGCGGGGCCAUCCCUCAGAUUAAAUCAGUGGAAGUGUCGGUCGGCGAGGGAACGGUCGCCGCUGGUUACCAGAACUUUAUCAUUUGCAUCGAGAUGUUUUUCGCCGCUCUGGCUCUGCGCCACGCCUUCACGUACAAAGUCUACAUGGACAAGAGUCUCGAUUCACAAGGCCGCUGUGCCCCCAUGAAGAGCAUCUCCAGCAGCCUGAAGGAGACCAUGAGCCCAGGAGACAUGGUCCAGGACGCCAUCCACAACUUCUCCCCGGCCUACCAGCAAUACACUCAGCAGUCCACGCUGGAGCAGGGGGCACCGCCGCCCGUCUCGCGGACACACAGUGCUGUCAGCGGCCGCGGCGACACGGAGAAGACCCUGCUGCUCAGCUCCGAUGAUGAAUUCUAGAGCAGGAAACAUCACGUUUCCAGCUGACUCAGAUUCAGACUUUUUUAUUGUCCGAUGGUACUUAAUCCUCGCGUGCAGCCAGCCCUCGGUAAUGUGUGAGUGAUUAGAGAGGUGUGCGUUUGUUUUUCCUGUUUUUGAGACUGAUCGUGAAUGCGAGGACCUCCCUGCAGAAACACUUGUGCGCCCACAUUUCCCAGGCGUCUUAUUGGGUGGAAACACUUGAAGCUGAUUUGGUAUAAAAGUGAGAAGAGCUGUGUCUGUUUUUGGAAAGUUUGUGAGUCACACUUGUACAUACGCAAUUUUUCCAGCUUGGAUAGAAGCUUCAUUUCACAUUUCAGCUCAGUCAUGUUUUCUUUUCUGACUGGCAAUGAGACCAUCCUAAUGGAUGUUUGCUCUGGUUCUGGAUUGGUUUGCAUUUUGUUUUCCUCAGUCAUGAAAAUCUUAAUGUUUAACUUGAUUUUUUUUUCAUGACUUGAAAUUGGAAAUACCCUUAAAGUUUUAUAAAAGUUUUUAACUUAUAAUUUUGUGAACUUGAAACUAAUAUUUAGAUAUUAUUUUGCAACAGUUCGACAAAUUAGUUGGUCUCCGAGCUCAUUCCAGUGCUUCAAACAGAAGCUGUUUUCAGUGUCGGUCAUUGAAAAGUGGUCGGAAGUUAUGGAAAAUGAAUGUGUAGAUUAAUUCUCUGUGUGCUGCUGUGACCCUGGUGUUACUGUGGGGUUUUGAGGACUAUCCCUCACUGCAGUGUGUGCAAGGAUUUAAAGGGAAGCAAAGUCAAAACUAUGAGUGGAUGCAAGCUGUAUGGAUCAUUGUUGUUAUUGAUAAUACUGGAACAGAUGAGAGCGAGGCAGAGCAGAUUAUAGAUUAUAUGGUACAUCUGCUCCAGCAGUCCAGCCGGCAGCAGGAGUGAAGGGAAGCGACAGAGCUGGUCAGGAUUACACUGGUUGUAAUUGGGGCAUUAUUUGAAUGGAUGGGAUUAAAGCUCAAGCUGGUUCACUCUGGCAGUAGACCUGCAGAACACAAUGUAGGUUAACUGGAUUGAGGUAAAACAGAAGAGGAAUAUAGGUUAAAGCUAAGUUUAGAUGCUUGUUCUCAGUAGGGGAGCUCCAGUUCAGGAGUUAAACCUUUCCGCUCUUAGUUUGAUUCCAAAUGUUAAACCGUCAAAGUGAAACUUAAAUCCUCUCACUUUUUGUUUCAGUAAAUAUAAAAAAAUAAACAGAUUUUUUGCACAUAGAAACAUUUUAGCUUCAAGCUGUUGGUUGGUGGAUGUUUUUCUUCUGUCUUUUGCUAAAAACAUGCAUAACAUUGGUUGUCAGUAGCCUGAGAUCAGUAGAUCAAAUCUGACAAACAAAAAAGUAAAAACACAGAAUAUACAUACAUGCUGAUGUCCUUGAAUUUUAAAUUCACAUCAAACUGCGUUUUCAAAAACCCACCCAUCUCAUAACCUGAUGUUCCUCAUUGGCUCCAACUUACUAAAAAUGACUAAAAUUUGUCCAAAGCAAAUGAGCUUUCUGCAUUUGUGCCAACUCACCCACUGUAGUGUCAGGUUUCCCUAUUGUAAGUUUUAUGCUUGUAAGCUUAACCACAUCUAACUAACUGUAUUCUGAGCUGUGGUAUAUUUGAAAGCUUAAAAGAAAACAUAGCAAACUGAUUAUUAGCACAAUAUUAUUGGAAAACAUAUUUUGUACACCAUAUUUCCUUUUCACGCAUUUAUAACAUGUCAGACGGUCGUUUUCUCUCAGAAAUAACAUGAUGCAUAGGCCUCACGUUGUUUGUUUGACUUGGAUGCUCCCCUGUUUCUUCCAGUCAGCGUUGGAUUUUAGCUCCACCGCAGUCGGAGCUUGUUGUUUUGUACACAUAAUUGAAGUUCUUGAGUCAUCCGAGUGAGUCACACCAAGUCUGCUGACACGUUUACUUUAACUACUUUCACUGCCCUGCUGUCGCUCCGUAUGAACACCAGGGGGCUGCGUGUGGAGAGGACAUGAGCACUUUGACACUCUUAUCUACAGGCAGGCAGUUAUCACACACUUCAAGCUUCAUGUAACAAAAAAGAAAGCUUUGUCUGAGCACCAGUCUGUCACUUUUUUAUCCUCUCAUCAAUCUGUUUUUUAUUUUGUUUUUUUGUUUUUUUUCCUUCUUGCAUGGAUAAAUAGAAGCGAGCCCCAACCCCAGACACUGGUCAUGGGUGUUUGUUUUAUUUCUGCUUUUGCCUGACAUAAUAUUGCUUUUAAACCGGUUAGAGGCCACGUCUGUGCGCAGGAGCUGCGGCUUAUUUUUAGACAUUACUAAGAGUUGUCUGGGUAUUUGGAUAUAAAUUGGAUUAUUUUGACCUUGACUGAGCUUCACCCAGCUACAAAUGGGACUCUGUAUUCCCCUUAUGAAAGCACUGGUCAGUUCAUCGCGUUUACAGUACUCUGUGUGUGCAUUCACUUUCUUGUCUAUACAAGCCCCGAAAGGCAGGUCUCCUCUUUGAGAACAAAAUCAUUUACAAUUUAAAAGCAGAGCAGAUGGCGUGAUAGUCACGUUGAAUGCCAUACUUCACCUCAAAGCCGAGGACGCUUUUCGUCCACUUUCUCUUUGUUACUUGGCGAGAUGUGAGACACGUUGUGAGACAUAUAUGAAUAUGACGCUGUACACUAACGUUGUAAAUACAGGUUGAAGUGCUGUCUGCAGUAGUGAUGUAUGUUGAAAUAGUCAUAUAUGCUGUAAAGGUGGAGCAGAGGAGAAAAGAGACCUAGUUUUGUAUUUUUCAUUCAUGACUUGUCUUUUUAUUUUAUUUCAGUGACUUUUGUUUUACUGUUUUUUGUAUAUCAUAAAGCUGCUCUUGAUGCUACUAUUUCAUGUUAAAUGGAGCUGAAGAAAUAAUAAAAGAUGUUUAGUCUGACGUAAGUUAACCGCUUGUUUUGCUUUGCUUUGUAAUGUAUAUUAAGCCACAGUUUAAAGAUUCCCUCCAGAUGUGUUUCAGGACAUAUUUGCAUUAAAUAAUUUGUGUCAGGUUGGACUUUUCCAUAAAGUUCUAUUAAAUGAUUAAAUAUU